GGGCGGCGGCGGCGGCGGCGGCGAGCCGGGGCCAUGCAGGCGCGCUACUCCGUGUCCAGCCCCAACUCCCUGGGAGUGGUGCCCUACCUCGGCGGCGAGCAGAGCUACUACCGCGCGGCGGCGGCAGCGGCCGGGGGCGGCUACACAGCCAUGCCGGCCCCCAUGAGCGUGUACUCGCACCCGGCACACGCCGAGCAAUACCCGGGCGGCAUGGCGCGCGCCUACGGGCCCUACACGCCCCAGCCACAGCCCAAGGAUAUGGUGAAGCCGCCCUACAGCUACAUCGCGCUCAUCACCAUGGCCAUCCAGAAUGCCCCGGACAAGAAGAUCACCCUCAACGGCAUCUACCAGUUCAUCAUGGACCGUUUCCCCUUCUACCGGGACAAUAAGCAGGGCUGGCAGAACAGCAUCCGCCACAACCUCUCGCUCAACGAGUGCUUCGUGAAGGUGCCCCGCGACGACAAGAAGCCGGGCAAGGGCAGCUACUGGACGCUGGACCCGGACUCGUACAACAUGUUCGAGAACGGCAGCUUCCUGCGGCGGCGACGGCGCUUCAAGAAGAAGGACGCGGUGAAGGACAAGGAGGAGAAGGACCGGCUGCACCUCAAAGAGCCUCCGCCACCGCCGCCAGGCCGCCAGCCUCCGCCCGCGCCGCCGGAGCAGGCAGACGGCGCCGCGCCCGGACCUCAGCCGCCGCCGGUGCGCAUCCAGGACAUCAAGACUGAGAACGGUACGUGCCCCUCGCCGCCCCAGCCCCUGUCCCCGGCCGCCGCCCUGGGUAGCGGCAGCGCCGCCACGGUGCCCAAAAUUGAGAGCCCCGACAGCAGCAGCAGCAGUCUGUCGAGCGGGAGCAGCCCUCCGGGCAGCCUGCCUUCGGCGCGACCGCUGAGCCUGGACGGUGCGGAUCCCGCACCGCCUCCGCAGUCCGCGCAACCUGCGCCGCCGCCACACCACAGCCAGGGCUUCAGCGUGGACAACAUCAUGACUUCACUCCGGGGGUCGCCUCAGGGCACAGCCGCGGAGCUCAGCUCUGGCCUCCUGGCCUCGGCGGCCGCGUCCUCGCGCGCGGGCAUCGCACCCCCGCUGACGCUCGGAGCCUACUCGCCUGGCCAGAGCUCCCUCUACAGCUCCCCCUGCAGCCAGAGCUCCAGCGCCGGCAGCUCCGGCGGGGGCGGCGGCGGCGGCGGCGGGGGUGGCGCUGGGGGCGCUGGGGGCGCCGGGACCUACCACUGCAACCUGCAGGCCAUGAGUCUGUAUGCCGCCGGCGAACGCGGCGGCCACUUGCAGGGCGCACCCGGGGGCGCGGGCGGCUCAGCAGUGGAAGACUCCCUGCCUGACUACUCUUUGCCUCCAGUCACCAGCAGCAGCUCAUCGUCCCUGAGUCACGGCGGGGGCGGCCAGGAGACCGGCCACCACCCUGCAGCCCACCAAGGCCGGCUCACCUCAUGGUACCUGAACCAGGCGGGCGGUGACCUGGGCCAUUUGGCGAGCGCGGCGGCGGCAGCGGCGGCCGCGGGCUACCCCGGGCAGCAGCAGAACUUCCACUCGGUGCGGGAGAUGUUUGAGUCGCAGCGGAUCGGCUUGAACAACUCUCCGGUGAAUGGGAAUAGUAGCUGUCAGAUGGCCUUCCCUGCCAGCCAGUCUCUGUAUCGCACGUCCGGGGCUUUUGUCUAUGACUGUAGCAAGUUUUGACCCCCUUCCUUGUCCUGGCACCGUCAAAGUCGAACUGAAUAGAAUCCCAAAGCAGGAACAGCCGAAAGAAUCCAUCAAUGCAAAAUCGAAACUAAAAAAUAUGCAAUUUAAAAUACGAGAGAUAUUCAGCACACCAGCAAACAGAUUCCCUUCCCAAACUCAACUCACCAGCACCAGCUCAAAGAAAACUAUUUUCUUAAAAGAUUAAUCCAGAGCCACGUCCACUUUGCCUUAUCUAAAUAAACAAAAACGUAAACUAUUUUGUACAGAGACAGCAAAAUCAUGGUUUAUUAAAGGACAGUGUUACUCCAGAUAACACGUAAGUUUCUUCUUGCUUUUCAGAGACUCGCUUUCCUGCUCCUCUCCUCUCCCUUCCCCUGCCUUCUUCCUUGCCUCUCACCUGUAAGAUAUUAUUUUAUCCUAUGUUGAAAGGAGGGAGAAAGUCCCCGUAUAUGAAAAUCGCUUUCUUUUUAUUCAUGGACUUGUUUUAAAAUGUAAAUUGCAACAUAGUAAUUUAUUUUUAAUUUGUAGUUGGAUGUCGUGGACCAAACGCCAGAAAGUGUUUCCAAAACCUGACGUUAAAUUGUCUGAAACUUUAAAUUGUGCUUUUUUUCCUCAUUAUAAAAAGGGAAACUGUAUUAAUCUUAUUCUAUCAUCUUUUCUUUCUUUUUUUGUUGAACAUAUUCAUUGUUUGUUUAUUAAUAAAUUGCCAUUCAGUUUGAAUGAGA